AUGGCAACGGUGCGCAAUUAUCUUCCACGAGGCGGCCACAGCCCCGGCGUCUACGUGGAGACUCCCGAGAAUGCCAUCAAGGCCGCACCGACACCCGCGCCGGUGGCCAGCAAGAUGACCGGCUUCACCGAGUUCAUCUCCCAACCAGUCACCGCUGCGUUCUGCGGCGGCGGCGUUGCCGGUGCUGUGUCGCGAACCGUCGUUUCGCCCCUCGAACGGCUGAAGAUCCUGUACCAGGUCCAGAGCGCCGGCCGCAACGAAUAUAAGCUAUCCGUGGGCAAGGCGCUGGCGAAGAUGUGGAAGGAAGAAGGUUGGAGAGGUUUCAUGGCCGGAAACGGGACAAACUGCAUCCGAAUCGUUCCCUACUCCGCCGUGCAGUUCGGCAGCUACAACCUCUACAAGCGGCACUUCUUCGAGCAGACUCCUGGCGCCGGGCUUAGCCCCUUAGAAAGACUUGUGUGUGGUGGUAUAGCAGGCAUUACAUCCGUCUUUUUCACAUACCCCCUGGACAUCGUCCGUACGCGACUGUCAAUUCAGACAGCGUCUUUCGCUGCUCUGGGCGACAGGCCGAAAACGCUACCCGGAAUGUGGCCUACUAUGGUGGCCAUGUACAAAGAGGAGGGAGGCAUCCGGGCCCUCUACCGGGGCAUCGUCCCCACCGUCGCCGGUGUAGCUCCCUAUGUCGGGCUCAACUUCAUGACGUACGAAUAUGUACGGAAAAUAUUGACUCCUGAAGGCGACCAGAACCCCAGCGCGGUUCGAAAGCUACUAGCUGGCGGCAUCUCCGGUGCAGUUGCGCAAACAUGCACCUAUCCCUUUGAUGUACUACGGCGAAGAUUCCAGAUCAACACCAUGUCCGGCAUGGGGUACCAGUACAAGGGAAUAUUCGACGCUGUCCGGGUCAUCGUCACCCAGGAGGGCAUCCGAGGCCUGUACAAAGGCCUCGUACCGAAUCUACUCAAGGUAGCCCCCUCGAUGGCUGCCAACUGGCUGAGCUUUGAGAUGACCAGGGACUUCCUGGUUGGACUGAGAGCGGAGCCUCUCGUAUUAUAA